AUGGCAUUACUCCGUGACUUUAUUGCUAAGUAUCGACAGAACCGAAAAAUGCUAUUAUUUAUCGUUUACAUUGCCUUGUUUCUUGAUAAUAUGCUUCUGACCACAGUCGUACCGAUAAUACCGGAAUAUCUCUUGCGCUUAUCCCAUCCAAAUUCAACCGAUUUACUCCUGUACAAUAAAGCACCAGUAAUUGGACAUCCACGUGGCAAGCGCUCUACUGCUCCUUUUUCUCGCAGUGAAGGAGAAGAGACGAUCGAACAAGAGCCACUGGUCUGGGACGACGCUUGGGAAAUUCCGAUGGAUAUGAAUGUGGCAGAGAAAUGGCAGAAGAGUCCCUUAAAUCCGUUCCGAAAAAGCAUUUCGUCGAAGAAGAAGCCAUUUAGAAAAGGUUACAAAAAUUGCUGA